UCCACAUUAUCUCCUGCUUAAAAAGACUUAAGGAACUAUUCUUUUUGGUUUUAGAUGGUCUAAGUUGGUUCUGAGCACUUUAAACUAUCAAUCCAAACCAGUCUGACUAGCAUGACCGUGCACAUGAACCACUUCAAGCUGGUUUGAACAGCAGGAAAGUGUUAAUAUUUGAUAGAAAUGAUCCACGUUUGCAUGCUGUGUUAACAUGAACAACAUGUGAAACUGAAGUGCACUGCUGUUUUGUCUUUGAAAACAACUUCCUUGACUUUGCACUCGGCAUUGAGAGUUUUUGUUAACCCUUUGUUUGUCUUCUGAUUUCCAUGAGCGUCUUGUGUGCACAAAAUGAUCAUUCUUGGGACUGAGGAGCUCAAACAAGCUGAAAGUGUUUUGAAGCAGAGUUUUCCCGAGUCCAUCAAGGUUUAUGGCUGCAUAUUCAACAUAAACAGAGGGAAACCUCACAAUCUGGAGGUUAUUGCAGAUCAGUGGCCAGAUUUCACUGUCAUUAUUAUAUAUAUAUAUAUAUGUAUUUUUUUUUAUCAGGGCACAAAGGAUCGAGAAGGAGAUUUCAACAUAUACAGCAUCUACUCAACGAGCAAAGACAGCCUGAAAAACUUUCUGAACACACCUGGUGUGAUCAAUAAAGAUGCAUUCACAUUAUUAGCAGGGGUUGACAUCAGGCAUUUAGAAGCAGUUCAGGAGUUUGCAGAUCAGCAUGGACUUCCGUGGAAAGUUCAAGGAGUGAUGAAGGUCUUACUGCUGCAGGAUGAAGGACAGCUGCAGCUUAAAGAGAGUUCCGCUGGACUCAGAUUCGUUCCGCUCAGUGCGGCUCAUGCACAUCUGGUGAACAGCACAUGGAAAUAUGGCGGAGACCGUAACAGCUACAACUCAGUGCUGAACUACAUUUCCCAUAAUCCUUCACUGUGUGUGAUAGAGGAGGGCGGCACCGAGCCCAUCUCCUGGCUGCUUGUGUACCAACACGCUGCUCUUGGUUUGCUCUACACGUUGCCACAACACAGACAGAAAGGUUACGCCAAGGCAUUGGUGUCUAUGAUGGCCAAAAACCUCCUGGAGCGAGGACACCCUGUGUAUUGUUUUGUGGAAGAGGAAAAUGACUCUUCCUACAAGCUUUUCACCUCACUGUUGUUCCAGAGUUCACCAGAUUACAGGGCUGUGUGGUUUGAGCUCAAUAAAAGACAAUACAUGCAAAUAUAAAUCACUUUAAAAGUCACUAUGGAGUUUUUAAUCACCUCUUUAUCAUUUGUAUUUUUUGUUUUGUUUAAAUAAUUCUGUCAU